AACACGCAAUUUACAUUACACGAUUACACACAUUUACAAAAAAAAACUUGUUUUCUUUCAAUCGAAUUUCUAUUUACACAAGAAGUAAAAGAAGACAAACAUACAUUUAAUAAAUACGUUUUCAAGAGUCGUGAAAGUUGUGAAAAUAUAUUAAACAAUACAUGAGUACUAACCUCAACUUGUAUGUGAUUAAGCAGUAUUAUAAUUUUAUAAAAAAAAUAAACAUUUUAUAAUUUUAUUAAAUUAUAAAAAUUAAUAAUUGUUCUGUAUUUAAAUACAUUAAAAAAAUGAGUGAUACUACAUCUGAAAAUAAUUCAAAUCAGCAAAGACCUAAGGGUUUGGAAGCAUUAAAAAGACAUUGUAUUGCAAAUAAAAUUGAUGUUGCCCUUUGGGCAAUUCGAAUGCUUACAAUAAUAUGUGCUAUUUUUUAUGUAAUACCAAUAUUCGGAAAUGCAAACAACACAUAUAACAAAGUAUUAUUAGCCAAUGCAGCUACAAGUGCAUUAAGACUGCACCAACGUUUACCAAGAGUAUCAUUAACAAAGGAAUUUCUUGCCGAAUUGUUUGCUGAAGACAGUUGCCAUUAUUUACUAUAUUCAUUAAUAUUUUUGUAUGUGUCACCGGCUACAUUGGUUUUGCUUCCUGUUGUUCUUUUUGCAACCUUACACUCAGCAAGUUAUUCACUUACAUUAUUAGACACUUUGGGACAAAAUUCUUGGUGGGGUGCACGAAUAUUGAUUUCUUUAAUAGAACUACAAUCAAGAAAUAUCUUACGCCUUAUCAGUUUCACGGAAAUUAUUUUAAUGCCGUUCACGGUAUUUCUAAUUUUAAUGGGCCGUGCUGGAUUAUUAACACCAUUCAUCUACUAUCACUUUUUGGUACAACGUUAUUUAUCUAGACGUAAUCCGUACACCAGAAACAUGUUCAGAGAAUUACGUUUACAAAUUGAAAAUCUUGCACAAAAACCAAAUUUACCAUUAAUCAUACGAAAAGCAUUAUACAGUAUGAUUACAAUUACCACCAAACUUGCACCAGUUCAAGCGCAAGCUGCAGCUCAAUAAUUGAAUCUAUGAUAUUUUUAUAAAAUAAAACAAUAAUCUCCGUAAACACAACUUUCUCAGAAACAAAACAAAAGAGUUUUUAAAAAACUUCUAAUUUACCAUAAUGAGAUAAUAGAGGUUUUAUUGAUUUCAAUAUAAUACAGAAAACUUUUAAAUGAAAAAGAAAGAGAUACUUAAAUUUAAUUAAAUAAUAUUUAAAAAAAAUAUUCGUGCCAGAUUAUUCGAAAGUGUUCAUCAUGAAAUUUUAAUACGCCGGCGUAUAUUCACGAAACUUAAUUUUAAUAAAUGCGUAGUGCAUUUUACUUUUAAAUUUGCACUUAAAAAAAACUAUGUUAAUGAGUUUUGCACAUUGUAUGUGUUUGAUAUUUGGUUUUUGAAAAAUUGAAAAUAGUUGUUUUUUUUUUGUAUUAUAUUAAAUUUUUAAAAUUUGUCGGAAAAUUAUAUUUCAUUUAAUUCUGAGAAGCUUUUUUUUUUUGUACUAUUAUAUACUGUUAAUUGUUGUAAAUCCGUGAAUGUUUCAUUAUAAAAUUUUGCCUUUCGUAACACAUUUUCAUGUUUCAUACACAAAUUAUAGAGGUUGCUUCUUAAUGCAUUUUUUUUAUAAUUCGCUUUAAUUUGAUUGAAUUGAAAGUUCAAAUUAUUCCCAAAUAUCGAUUUUAAAGCAGAAAACAAUAAUUUUAACUGUAAAAAAUUAUUCUCAAAUCACGUUUUAUCCGCAAUUGCAAUAACAUCCAGCUUUAAUUCCAGAUAUAUUUGAGUAAUAAUACUUACAUAAAAAUGAAACCAGUUAGCGCUACUGAACUACCUCAAAAUCAUUCAAAUUUGUCUAUAUAAAUAACAUCCUAAUACGUUUCAUGUCUAUAAGAAAUAAUGGAAAAUUACUGAGAAUGUCAAGAUGCGGCUUUUUUAAAUUAAGUUAACAUAGAAGGUAAAAUGCAUAGAAAAUAUUUUCAACAUGCAGCCGAAAUGCGGAAUUCGGUUAGUUUUAAAUAUUGAACAGUCGUAUAUUUUAAAAAAACUUGAUAUUUUAUCUGGUAGGACAUGAAACGUGGUGGGAAGUAAUCUCUAUACAUCGAAAUGUAGAUUGGGCGUACUCCAAAGGCCGCAUGUUGGUUAAUAAAUAGGAACUGUUAUUAUAAAAUAGAUUCUUUACUCGCGCAAUAUUAAUUUAUGACUAUUUUU